AUGUCUCAACACCACCAAUGCAACACCUACACUGAAGCUCUUGAUCAGAUUCAUCUGCAAUCCCUCGAAUAUUAUCAAGAAGUUGUCGAUCAACAAGGAGGUUGGGAGAAUUACAAAGUCACACCAGAACAAGCUCGAUACUACAUCAAUAAGAAGAAGCAUACUUAUCAUAUUUGGAUGGGUGAGAUGAAGAAUGUUCAUUUGGGAGAAUCUGUUGUGAAGGAUUUGAGAGAUUUCAUCAAGUAUUUGGAUCAUGAGGAGGUGAGAUUAUUGUGGGAUGAAGAAUUGGUCAAGAGUCAAACUAUUCACGAAACAAUUGCAAAAAAUUGUAAAGAAAGUUGUAAGCAUGAUGAUUUGAAAGUUUUUUAUAGAGAGUUUAGUUCUGGAAGUAAGGCCAUUUCGAAUCGUGAAUUUGUAGUUUCUAGAAAUAUUUAUCAAGAUCCCAAAUUGGAAAAUGUGAUGUGGUUGUGUACUCAUACACCAAUGGACUUUCCAGAUUAUGAACACAAGAAUGCACCAAAGAAUUCAUCAUGUGUAAGAGGAAAGGUCAUGCUGACUUCAUGGAGAUUUGAAAAGUUACCAUCCACUAUUGAAGGAAAAUCAUGUUUUAACAUUUCUAUAAUGACACAUUCAGAACCUGGAGGUUGGGUAACUGCUUCUUUGUUUAAUAAUAGUGCAGGUGAUAGACCAGCAGCAACAGUUUCGAGAUUGGUUAAAUAUUUACAAACAACCAAACAAUAA